UUUGAUUUUGAGAGAGGCCCAGCAAACACACUUGGGAGCCGCAGCGGAUUAGCUCAGUCGCGAGAGAACGAUUCAACUCGUAGGACGUGUGUGGCUUAAAGUAUUGCGCGUCGCGUCCCAAAGUGAUUUAAGUGGCGGCGAUCGUGCGCGUGCGCCUUCUGGUGGUCAAUUAGUGAAACUUGCGGAAAAUUGCAAGUGAAAAAAAAAAGUCUCAAAAGCGCCACCCUGAAUAAUGGCUUCAAAGUGAAGAAAAAAGUGCAAAGGGGAAAGAUUUUCCGCGCGGUGAAGAAAAAUCUCAUUCAUUUUCGGGUUGGGGUGUGUGGUUCGAGUUUUUCCCCAUCGAAACCGAAAAAGAAGUGCGGUUCUAAAAUUAGAAAUCUCGAGAAAGUGGCGGCACCUCGUGUGCUGCUGUGCAACGUUCGUCGUCAAGUCGCAGAAUAAGAUGAUGCGCGCUGCGGCAAGAAGAUUCGAUGAAAAGUGAAGAACGUAUCGACCUUGUUCGAUCGGGGAUCUCGAAAGUUUUUUUUUUCUAGUUCACACUGAACCCAAAGCAAACCAAACAUCCUCCUCAAUGAAUGAGGCAUUCAAUUUCUAUUAUCAAAACUUGUUUUCGAUAAGUGAGUUCGAUACUGGUGUCGCUUGCAAACGUUACACUGUGUAAUGUGAUGUGUUUAGACCCACCUUUCCUUCACCAACCAAUACAAAAAAAACAAGCCAGUAGUAGCAACCUUUUAAAACAAAUAAAACCAAAUAAUUCAAACCGGUGACCAAUCGUUCGUGUACCCUUAAAAUUUACCAAAAAACCAAAAGUGCGAACCAAAAAAAAAGGAAAACUAAUGAAAUAACAUCCCCCAGCAAAAAAAUCAAUGUUAUAAACCCAAAAAAUCACCCCGAAAGCAAUCGCUAGUGUUUUGGGAAAGAAUACAAACUAGCAAGGAAUAAUUCGCUUGGAAAACAAAAAAAAAUCUCAAAAAAGUUGAAAAUAUCAGAUCAGUGCACAAAAAAAAAAAGUGAACAACCAAAAUCGAAACAACAACAACAAAAUUAUACAUAUGUGUGCGUGCGUGUGUGUUUGCUGUGGGCGACGUGACGUCACGAAGGCGUCUGCGUCGUCGUCGUCGUCAUCAUCACAACCAAUAGCGACGCUGCUGCCGCUGCAUUCCAGAUGAAGAACCAAGCAAUUCAGUAAACACACCAAUACACACGCAAUCACACUCAUCGCGCGCAAUCACCAUCGUUACCAGUGUGUGUUGUGUGCGUGUGCGUGUGCGUGUGCCGUUGCUGCUGCUCGUGUGUUUGUGUGCAGUGCAUCCCGAAACAGCAGCAGCGCCAACCUUGAUUGUGGAAUAAUAUGAUGUCGAAGCAGUCGUCUGCUUCGUCGCCUUCUUCGACGGUACGCAGUUUCGUCGAAGGGCAGCAGCAACAUCAACAGCAACAUCAGCAACAACAACAGGAAGACCUUGACGCGAUCGCGAAGCAGAUUUCCGAUCACGCCGAAGCGAUCUACCAGACAUGGAAGGCUCGUGGCCUCGCGCCAACUGAGAUCCUCAACUGCCAACUGCCGACCGUGGACGGCGAGGAUGCGUUUAGCCGGACGUUGAGCCCGACAUCCUCGGUAGCGCCAUCGCCGACAGCAUCGCCAGCAGGUGCCGCUUCCGCGUCUACUUCCGGUGUAGCAAAGCUACUCGCGCAAGCACCCGAACUGUCCAACAACAGCCUCGAGCAGCUGGUCAGUUCGUUCGUCAACGAAGACAAAGCUCGGAUCGCCGCCCAGAAGCAGCGAUCACCCGUAGCCGGACGGACAGCCGCCGCCGGUUCCGCCAUCAAGAGUGUGCUACAAAAGUUCGAACAGAACGGUGCUCAAAGCAGCCUCAACACCUCGCCGGUCAACAAGCCAAACUUUAUCCGACCCGGCGUGAAACAGGUAGUGAACAACAAUAACAACAACAAUCUCGGGACCUUGGACAAGAACAAUGUACCGGAUGUGCUAAAGGAUACGAUCGUCGUCGAGAAACCCCGUGAAAAACCACAGACUCCGGUGAAACCGGAACAUCUGCUUAACCAUGUUCCUAGCUGGCCGCUCAAGAAUCGUGUAGUGAAGACUCCAGGCCAGCAACCCCAACAACAACAACAACCACAGCAAAACCAUCACCACAGUUCGUCAGCUCCCAGCAGCGGUCCCGGAAGCAGUAGUAGUAAUAUUAGUAGUACCAGUGGCCUUAACAGCUCUCUCAUCUCCAAGAACACCGCGGAGCUUAUGGAUGAAGUGUCCCGGGAGGAGGAACGUCUGAUAAACGCACUCAAAACGGGCACCGUACUGAACAACACUGACGGACUACUUCCGGAGGUGAUCACCUCGACGCUGGUCCCCGAUCGCGGAGACGUGCCCGACUACGGCUACAGCAGUAGCAGUCCCGGCGCAGACAUGGUGACCUCGUCAACCCUCAUGGCCAACGGGAACGGCAUCAACGGCAAUGGCACCACCGUCGUCGCCGCCGACGGCCAGAACAACGCGGGCGGAAACGCCGCCGGCGUCAAGCACUGGAACGGCGUCCCGAUGAAGCCGAACCACAUCCCGAUUAUGAGCCUGCACCAGAUCCACGAGCAGCAGAAGCUCUCCACCAACUUUACCCGCAACGUCGCAACCACAAGACUGCCCAAGGACUUUGGCCGGGGAGGCCAGCAGGACAAGAAGGAGGACUUCCAGGCCAAAACCAUUCCGAGCCCGAUCAGGCCGUUCCUGUCGCGCGGGUCGGUCGCCGAGCGGGUGCUCAUCUUCGAGAAGUGCCCCGAGAAGGCGCCACCGCGCGAGCGCGCCAAGGAGCCGGUGAAGGUGCAGUCCAAACCCGUCAACAGACUGAUCCCGCCAAACAUUCACACAACGCUUCAACGACACUUGAAGAACUCAACGAAAGCUCCCUACAUACCACAAUUCCACUUCCCGAACGGCAAGCCCCCGGCGGCCAUCACGACUGAGACGACGAUGCAGCGGCUGGAGCAGGUCUUCGACUCGCUGCCCAACUACGAGUGCAGCCGGGACAAGUUCCACAAGGUGGUGACGAUGUGCCAGGUGCCGCUGUACUGGCGCGUCCCCCUGUUCAUGUGCACCCCGCUCACCGCGACCGGCUGCGUCAACGGCGACAAGUUCAUCUCGUUCUGGCGGCAAAUGACCUCCUUCUGCCACGAUCCGGCGUCCCGCUUCGUGUACAUCAUGUCGCGCGGGGACCGGACGCGGUCCUUCAUCCUGCCGGAGGACUUUGCGCCGCUGAUUCAGGACGUGGUCGACACGCACCCGGGGCUGGCGUUCCUGAAGGAGGCGGCCGAGUUCCACUCGCGGUACGUGCACACCGUGAUAGCGCGCAUCUUCUACAGCGUGAACCGCAGCUGGACGGGGAAGAUUACGGUGCCCGAGCUGCGCAAGUCGAACCUGCUGGACGUGAUGCAGCUGCUCGAGGAGGAGGAGGACAUCAACCAGAUUAUGGCGUACUUUAGCUACGAGCACUUUUACGUCAUCUACUGCAAGUUCUGGGAGCUGGAUCGGGACCACGACCUGUUCAUCGACCAGCAGGACCUGGCGCGGCACAAUGACCACGCCCUGUCCUCGCGCAUGAUCGAGCGCAUCUUCUCCGGGUGUGUGACGCGGGGUCCGCGCCGUGGCAACGCCAACCCGAUCGUGAUGGGCCCGAACGGGCCGAAGAUGUCCUACACGGACUUUGUGUGGUUCCUGCUGGCCGAGGAGGACAAGACGCACCCGACCGCCAUCGAGUACUGGUUCCGCUGCAUGGACGUCGACGGCGACGGGAUGCUGUCGAUGUACGAGCUGGAGUACUUUUACGAGGAGCAGCAGCACCGGAUGGAGUCGCUCGGCAUCGAGACGCUCCCCUUCGAAGACUGUCUGUGCCAGAUGCUGGAUAUGAUCAAACCGACCACGCCCGGUUGCAUCACGCUGGCGGACCUGAAGCGCUGCAAGAUGACGCCCAUCUUCUUCGACACGUUCUUCAACCUGGAAAAGUACAUGGAGCACGAACAGCGGGAUCCGUUCGCGCAGCGUGAUAAUGACGAUCUCUCCGACUGGGAUCGGUACGCAGCACAGGAGUACGAGCUACUGGUGGCCGAAGAGGGAGGUGAUACGCAAGGAUUUGGCUGUUUCGCGCCCAUCGACGACGACGACCUCGACGACCUGUACGGUGGUAACGGCGAAGACGGUUUGGCCAGAAAGCCACUGCCGGGUCACGGAGCGUUGGGCACUGCAAGUGUCAGCACCCGCGGCAGGACCGUUAGUACGGUGUCCUCCGCCAGGGGUACGACCCGUCAGCACAGCGCCAACACCACAGCCACCGCCAACACGACCAAGACCAGAUCCUCCUCGAAAGCCUUUUCCAGCACCAAAACUAACCAAGCGGACGAUGAACCACGCCGUCAACCGAAAGAUUCUAGCUCAUUUUUUAACGCAUUCUGUGUGUCGUACGACGAGGACGACGACUACGAGUCCAACAUUGAUAUUCUAGAGUCCCAGCUGGACGACUGCCUGCUGAACGAGUGGUGAGACGGGGCCUCCGGCGGACCGCGUGGCCGCCGCAAGUUGCUCACCACCGGUUGGUUGGCGCGACGCAGAAAAAAGCAGCAAAGUGGCCAAAUCGGGAUCGACGACGACGACGAUGACGAGGAGGACGAUGAGGACGACGAUACGCCGCUGCCGGACGAGGAGCUGGCCCGGCUGGAGCAGGAGAUUUUGGACGAGCUGAACCAGUUUUAGACAGAGGGAGGGGAGGGAGAGAGAGCGGAAGAGAGCGCGCGAGUCACCCAUCGUCAGUGUCGACACUCACUCACUCCAACAGCACCACUACUCACAAUACUCUCAUCAGAUGAGCGUAAACGAGAGAGCGCGAGCGAGCGCUCGCGGUAACUCAUUUGGAUUCGGGUCACUCACCGAUGAGAUACCGAGGUGGUGAAGACGCGUCUUGGGAGAAAAGUGAACUUCUUUUGUAUAGCCUGUAGAUUUUUUCCCCUCUAGCCUGAAUAGGAUUUUUUCUCUUGGAGUGAAUGAGACCUUGGAUCGGAUGUAGAACUGAAUCAUAGCGACGCGUCAUCAUCAUAACCUUCACUGUCUCAUCGGUAGCUCACUCAUUUGUCGUCGAUUCCGUGGAAACUGUGUAAGAAUGUGCUGAUUAAAAAAACACAGGUUUUUGUGUGUGUAUUUUAACGUGCAAGUAUUUUUCAAACUAUUCUAUAAUGAAACGUACACACACAGAACUAUCGAAACAAAACAAAAAAACAAUUGAAUUCUUAGUGUCAUACACGUGAAUAUGCACACGUUCAAAGAGAAACAACCCGUUGAUGAAGAGAACAAUGUUGAUCAUUUUCUUUUUAGUCUACACGCCUGCUUAUUAGCCAAAAACAAAACAAACAAAUCGAAGUAAUCGUUGUCAAAUUUUGAUGAUUUUAAUUUUGUUAUGUAGCGAUAAAUGCAAAAUUAUCAUAUUGUAUAGUUUUACCUUUCAUUUCUCUCUCUUAUUUGAUAAGUGUGUUACUAGUUACCAAAACAAAUCAUGACAAACAGAACAAAGCUCGAUUGAAUCGCCAUUUGUUGCAUGCUAGUUGAUUUUGUAGAAACUUUUUAUUUAAAGAAAAAAUCAAUCCAUUGAUAUUAAAAGGGCGAAAUCGAUGUGCUAGAAAACAAAAUACACAGAACCAGACUUGAAAUUUAGGGAAGCCACUGAUCAGUAGCGAAAAGAUUCAUACUUAUGAGAGAUAAACAACACACAAAUAACUGAUAAAACAUUUGAAUGUUGCAUUAAAUUUAGUAGAAGACCGGAUUUGGUGUGUCAACGGUGAAAGCACUCACUCAGUUGAGCCGGAAUUAAAGGGGAAACCCCUUUUUAAAGGGACCCAUUUUUAAUCGGUAGAAUGUGUUUGCCUAACUAGCCGUGUAGAUAGGGCGAAGGGAGUUGAAAUUGGUAUACACAAAGUUUUAAAAAUUGACGAGCGGUGCCAAACACACACACACAAAAUGUAACAGACAGCAGCUUAAGUUGCGACCACCAUCGUCCAAAGCUUUAGCAGACUAAACUCAUCAACCCCAAAAUCAGCGUCGCGUCAUUUUAGCGUGUACAUCAUGCCACUAACGUCAAAGCGUCUCGCCAUCUUGCUUUCUUC